AUGGACUUGUCGGGACUAUCAUCGAAUCUCCCGCCCACAAGGCCAAUCACACAAACCUCGAUAGAUGACUUGAAUCGAGAACUUACUAAUGAAUUCAAAAAUGCUGCCAAGUCGGUUGCUGCACUUUAUAACAGCACUUCUUCGGCCCCAGUGAACCCUUCCAAUGAACCGACAACGAGGCAAAACAAGGCGGAGUUCGCUAAGGCUGCCAAAUCUGUCACAGCCUUGUAUCGGUUGACCAACAACUCCAACACUUUGGUGAGACAAAAGGGGUAUUUAGAUUGUCUUGACGACAUGUUACAAGUUUUAACCAAUGGAGAAGAUGUAGAAAAUUGGGUUUUAGCUCGUAGAGCUGAAGUGUUGAAGGAGACCGACACGGUGCAUUAUGGAGCUGUAUCGACUGCAGCACAGGGCCCAUCAGCCUCAGCCCCUGUGACAGCUGCUGCUCCACUGACAGCAUCUACUACUACAACCAAUACCACCACCUCUCCUGGGAACAAUGUUCUACCAAAUCUUGACUCUGAGGACUUUCAUUUGCCUCUUGAUUAUGAGUUUUCCUUUGCACUGGACGUUUCUCCUCAUUAUCAUUUCAGACCAAGUUUUGCUCCACUCUCGGUUCUGCAUUCACAUAAACAAAGAGCCUUACAUUCUAGACAAUUAGCCCGGAAAUUAAGAGGUGUAUCCUCUCAGGACUCGCAUUCUUCGUCUGAAGAAAGCGAUAGGGACAAGGAUAGAGAGGAAGAGAAACGAGAAGAGAACAUGAAGAAAAGAAGAAAGCUUGAAGAACGAGAAGAAAGACGUAAAACAAAGAGUGAUGAUUAA